AUGGCUGACCGUUUGCUCAAGAAGAUUCCCUACACUUUUAAAGAUCCCUCCCUUCUCGAUACCCGGUCCCUUAUCGGAGGAAAAUGGGUCGAGGCUAGGAGCGGAAAAACAUUCCCAGUCUUUGACCCCGAGGACAACAAGGAGGUUUGCCAAGUUACCGAUCUUGAUAUCGACGAUGUGUGUGCUGCGAUCGAUGCCGCCUCCGAAGCCUUUAAGACCUUCAAGAACGCUCCCUACCGCGAACGGAGAUGGCUCAUGCGCCGAUGGGCAGACCUGAUCAAGGAAAACAAGGAUGAUCUUGCCGCCAUCUGUACAUUGGAGCUGGGGAAGCCAUUUACGGAAUCCCUGGUUACAGUAAAGUACGGCACAGAUUUCUUGGACUGGUUUGAGGGCGAAAUCGAGCGAGUCUACGGAGAGACAAUUCCCGCUGCAAGGGGAAAUAAUCGAAUUUUCACCAUCAAGCAACCCCAGGGCGUCGUCGCCGCUAUCACGCCAUGGAACUCUCCCAUUGCUAUGGUGACGAGGAAGGUCGGUGCUGCUAUUGCUGCCGGUAAUACUGUCAUUUGCAAGCCAGCUCCCGAGACACCCCUCUGUGCCAUUGCAGUUGCGAAGCUCUUUGAACGUGCGGGUGGACCACCGGGCGUGCUGAAUAUUAUUACCAGUAGUCCUGAGACUACUCCCGCUGUCGGAGCGGAAUUAUGCUCUAAUAAACUCAUUCGUCACCUUAGCUUUACGGGGUCAACGGCGAUUGGUAGAUACCUGCACACCGAAUGUUCCAAGACCUUUAAGAAAACGAGUAUGGAACUUGGAGGCAAUGCACCCUUCAUCAUCUUCGAGGACGCAAAUAUCGAUAAAGCUGUCGAUGGGCUAAUAUCUUCGAAAUUCCGUUCCUCGGGUCAAACUUGUGUUUGCGCAAACAGGAUCUUUGUUCAUUCCUCUAUAAUAUCCCAAUUUGCUUCCCGUCUCCACACACGUCUCGGGGAGACGUUCACCUACGGCUCUGUCUGGGAUCGUAACGUUAACUUUGGCCCACUUUAUUCCCCGAAGGCCUUCGAUAAGCUCACCAGGCAAACCAAAGACGCUCUCGAACGUGGUGGUGAGCUUAUCGGCGAGGAUCCUGCUAAACUCCAGGCCCAGUAUGGUCCGAAUUUCUACCCGCCAACCAUUGUCACAAAUGCCAAUAAAGAUAUGUUGUUCAUGAAGGAAGAGACAUUUGGCCCGCUUGCAUUUUUAGUUCCUUUUGAAACCGAGGAAGAGGCCGUUGCCAUGGCGAAUAAUGUAGAUGCGGGUCUCGCAUCAUACUUUUAUACGGAGGACAUCAGCAGGAUGUACCGCGUCAGUGAGGCCUUGGAAUCCGGUAUGGUAGGAUGCAGAGUGGGUUUGAUUAGUGCAUGCGAGCAACCAUUCGGGGGAAUCAAGGAUAGUGGCAUGGGAAGAGAAGGAGGAAAGGGUGCGCUGGACGAGUAUUUAAAUAUCAAGAGUGUGACCGUUGGUAUUUGAUGAAAUGUACAGUACAUACUCUGCACCAGAUCG